AUGGCUGAAUAUAUUACAUAUCCUACAUCUAACAUUUUACCUCCAAAUCAAGAACCUUUUAGCAUCUUUUAUAUCCAUCCUUCAGAUACAAAUAUUAGUCAAACAGUGUCAGUGAAGUUCAAUGGAACAUGUUUCGAUGAUUGGAAACGAUCUAUGUUGAUUAUGUUAUCAACUAAGAACAAACUGAAAUUUGUAGAUGACAGUAUUGACAUUCCUAAUGUUGACACACCUGAGUAUAAGGCUUGGGAACGCUGUAAUAACUUGGUCAUUUCCUGGUUACAUACUAAUCUUGAUAAUACAAUCAAGAAGAGUGUUCUAUUCUUCACUACUGCCUCUGAAAUUUGGAGAGACCUAGAAGAUAGGUUUGGUCAGUCUUCAAUGACUCAAGUUUAUUCUCUUGACAAAAACCUAGCAGAUACUUUUCAGCAAGGAUCUAUGAAUGUGUCAGAAUUUUACACUCUGAUGAAGACUCUUUGGGAUGAAUUACAUGAUGCAAAUCCUAUGCCUUAUUGCACCUGUAAUAAAUGUACUUGUGGCUUAACACAAAAAAUUCACAUUAGAGAGCAAGAGCAUAAGCUCAUUCAGUUCAUGAUGAAGCUUAAUGACACAUUCUCUACUAUUAGAGGUAACCUUCUGAUGACACAACCUCUUUCCAAACUCUCACAAGCCUAUAGGAUCUUCAGUACUUAA